AUGAGAAGAAGAAGCCCGUCAUAUUCCAAUAAUAAUUUCGAAGUACCGACAAAUAAUACCUGUCUAAAUAACAAUAAAUCGAACCAGCAAUCUAAUGAUGGUACUGACGAUUUAAACUCUAAUGAACCUAAUGACCCUGAUGAUAGUAGGCUCACUCCUACUAUCAAAUCUGCUAAAAUUAAGGACACCUCCUCCUAUAUCGAUAUUCCUAAAACAAAAAAAUCAAAUCAUGUUUCUACAAAUGCUACUACAAAUCUCGCUCUAGAUAUGGAUAUCUCCGUUGCCAAGGCUUUUGGUGCUAGUAAACCAAGAUUCCCAAUCGCAUCUUCCACUUUGCCAUUGACUGUAACCGAUGCAACUAAUAUCUCUUCGAAAAUCCCUACUUCUUCCAUCAGUUCAUCAUCUUCUUCUUACUCCUAUCUUUCUUCUUCAUCGUCAACGUCUAUGUCUUCAUCACCUUCUUUUUCAAGAACUAAAUUAUCAAUACUUUCUACAAAAUCUAAUAAGAGAUCAAGACCUGUCUUUAUUGAACGUUAUCCAAACGAUUCUACUGAUAGAGAUGGAAUCAAUAUCGAUGAUAUGAUCGAUAAAUUGAUCAAUUUGAAUGAUACUUCUAGAUUUAAACAGAAACAAAAGUCAAUUCCUUUCCAUUCUUGGGAAAUUCAAUUGAUUUGUUCUACAGUAAGGGAAAUUUUCAUGGGCCAACCAAAUUUAUUGAGAUUACAAGCUCCCAUCAAAAUUGUUGGUGAUAUUCAUGGACAAUUUAAUGAUCUAUUGAGAAUUUUAAAAUUAAGUGGUUGGCCAAAUGAUACAAACUAUUUAUUCUUGGGUGAUUACGUUGAUCGUGGUAAACAAUCUUUAGAAACUAUCUUAUUACUUUUCUGCUUCAAAAUCAAAUACCCAAACAAUUUUUUCAUGUUAAGAGGUAAUCAUGAAAGUGCUAACAUUACAAAGAUGUACGGUUUUUAUGAUGAAUGUAAAAGACGUAAAAAUACAAAGAUUUGGAAAUCUUUUAUUGACGUAUUUAACUGUUUGCCAAUUGCUGCAACAAUUCAAGAUAAAAUUUUCGCCGUUCAUGGCGGUAUCUCUCCAGAUUUAAUGGAUUUAAAACAAAUUUCAAAAGGUAUUCUAAGACCUACUGAUAUUCCAGAUUCUGGUCUCCUUACAGACUUACUUUGGAGUGAUCCUGAUACUUCAGUAUCAAAUUGGUCAUUAAAUGAUAGAGGCGUAUCGUACACUUUUUCAAAAAAAAAUGUCUUGGAUUUCUGCAACCAGUUCAACUUCGAUUUAAUUAUUAGGGGUCACAUGGUGGUAGAAGAUGGUUACGAAUUUUUUGCAAAGAAAAAAUUAGUAACUGUUUUCAGUGCUCCAAACUACUGUGGACAAUUUGAAAAUUGGGGCGCUGUCUUAAGUAUUAACACAGGCCUAAUUUGUAGUUUUGAGUUAUUGAAACCACAUUCAUUAAAAAAAAAUCAAGAUAAUUUUUUAGAUAUGCUUUUUUAA